AUGGCUUUGCACAGUGCUAGCUUGAAAGUGGUGCUGGACUACGAGGCAGUGCGCAGAGCCACCAACAACUUUGCGCCGUCGCAGCAGAUUGGUAACGGCGGGUUCGGACCGGUGUACCAGGGCACCCUUUUCCACACGCCCGUUGCGGUGAAGCUCCUGAGCAAGGACAGCUCUCAGGGGGUAGCCCAAUUUGAGUCCGAAGUCCGCCUGCUAACCGCGCUCCGCCACCCAAACCUCGUCACACUUCUGGGGGGCGCCAUCGGUCCGGGGGGGCAGCGAUGUUUAGUUUAUGAGUUGAUGAAGGGGGGAAGUGCGGAUGAUUACCUGCCGUUUACCUUUUCUGGGGGGGGAGCGAUUGGCGGUAUGAAGCGGAGGGGGUUGAUGGGAUGGCGGCAGAGGGUGAAGGUUUUGGUGGGGGCAGCACGGGGGCUGCAGUUCUUGCACGAGGCGAAGCCCCCUGUUGUGCACCUAGAUUUCAAGGGGUCCAACAUUCUGCUGGACGAGUUCUUCAACGCCAAAGUGGGCGACUUCGGGCUGGCCCGCCAGGCCGCGCUCGCGCACCCCAGCAAGACGCACGCGAGCACGCGCCACAUGGCGGGCACGUACGGGUACAUCUGCCCCGACUACGCCAGCACGGGCCACUAUGACGCACGCUGUGACGUAUACAGCUUCGGCGUGGUGUGCCUGCAAAUGCUCACGGGGCUGCCGGCGAUCACGGAAGAGGGGGCCACGCUCGCAGCGGCGAUGAAGAAAGAUUUGCAGAAUGAUGACGUGGCGUUUUCGCACGCCGAUACGGAGGCCGCCUGGCCGCGCGCUGCUUACGUCAGGCUGGCCGCGCUGGCGUUAGCGUGCGUGCGCGGCCACCGCGCGAAGCGUCCCUGGAUGGGCGAGGUCCUCGACCAGCUGGAGAAACUAGGCGACGGCACUUUCGACGAACUUUCGAACGCGGGGGAAGUCACUGGGCGGAAAACUUCCAACGUCGAAGAGAGGAGGGGCCAUCUGAGGGCUGUCGACGCAAAUGGUCGAAGCAGGGUUGGAGAAACUAGAGAGAGCGGCGAACGGUUUGCUGAGGGGCCGCGCUUCGAUACGAAGCAAAGAACGGGCGACCGAGCUUCUGUCAGCGGUUCGGAAAACACAGCCGGGGGGUCCGAGCGCGGGGGAAUCCGACCCCCCUACUCCGCGAACUACGACGUUCGGCUCUCUGAGUACGAAAAGGACGUCGUCGGCCCGAGCGCGCUCUGGGCGCCCGCGCGGCCGGCCGCGCCCAGAAAGUGCGCGCGCAAGAAAGGGGAGCAGAUGGCCGACGAGGUGGAAGGGGUUCUGGAACCGAGAGAAGCCCCGGAAGUCAGCUGGUGGCCACGGAGCGGGGGGCAGACUUUGACGCUGGACGAUAUCCCCCGGAGAGAGGGAGUCCACCCGGGGAUGCCUGCUGCGGGUGGUCCCAGGUAG